UAAACGUGAAGCCGUCGUUUGUUGCUGUGGCCCGGGCUUCCGCAGCCGCAAACUAACCCAACCACCUCACUCGCUUGCAUUUUCUUUGGCAUUUAAAUAAGAAAAUACGAAUGUCCGUGCAGGCUUUGGUUUAGCCUGCAAAUUCCACCAACCACACAUCAGCCAUUGUGUGUGUGUGUGUGUGUGUGUGUCGCUGGAUAUCCCUCCACGGCCCCGGCGUGCAGACAUGCUGUGAGAUAGUCCCAUGCAAGGCCCGAUUAUUGGCCACAACAACUACAGCAAACGGGCCUUUAAGCAUGGAUGGUACGGGAAGUGAGCCCCGGGUUCAGUAGUCUUUAUAUGCAGCUGGGCCUCCGACCGGUGUCCCAGCUACAUCAUGCGAGCCGGUUUGGUAUCAGUCCCGUGUUUGUGUGCCACCGUCGGCUGUGUAACCGAACGCAGAUGAAACAGAAAUAGCCCUGGAAAUAAGUGCGGAUUAAUUGAGUUAAACGCGUUACCGGUGUGCGGUUAGCCCGGUCAUCUGCGGUUUGCUGCUGCGGUCUGGGGGGAAAAAGAAGCUAAGCAAACAUGAGCGACAAGGGGACAGUCUCACCGAAAGAGAAGGAGGCAACAGAGAAGAGGGGGCGUGGAAGACCCCGCAAGCAGCCCCAGGAACCAAGUGGGUCCCCUACUCCAAAGAGGCCCAGAGGACGGCCGAAGGGCAGCAAAAACAAGACAGCCGGCAAGGCCAAAAAGGCAACAGCAGCCCCAUCUGCAGGGGGAAAACGCAGGGGAAGACCUAAGAAGGAGGAGAAGGAAGAAAAGGCAUCCCAGGAAUCAUCGGAGGAGGAGGAGGAGGAGGAGGAAGACCAGUAAUUCACAACGCAUGCUACCUCACUCAACAUACUGACUUACUGUUAACCAGAACUGGGCUGUAUCUCCAAGACCAGUGCCACCACAUGACCACUGUUCACGACAAAGCCCUCCUUACCAAAAGGAGGGUUAACACAGUACAAAUAUCAUGCAACAGCACUGGAUAGAACGAUGGACCUUGCUCAUGCAUAGAUCUAAGAAUUACAUGAAAGGUAACAGCCCUUUUCUCUACAUGUCAUGGUAUCACAAGUCUUUUAUACUGGACAAAAGUGUUGCUCUAAGGAGCCUGGAUGUUUCUGUUUUUCCCCCCCUAAAGAUGGUCUGUAGGACAUUUUCUAUGCUUAAUGUUACUACUUUGUUGUACCUGCAUCUGAGAUGGUAGGGCAUAUAGAUUUUUCUCCACGUUUAGUACUGGACAAGGGUGAAUUUUACCUAUACUUGCUGUUUGUGGUUUUUUUUUUUUUUGUUUUGUUUUUUUUUGUCCGCGUGAAAAGGUUACCCAAUCCUUUGCAUCGUAUUAUAGAUGGAGUUGAGCUUCAGAGUAGGAUGAGAAUAGGUAACAGAUGGUUGAACUGGUGUGGGGUGUGUGGUUUGUUUGUUUGUUUGUUUGUUUGUUUUGUUGGUGUGUGUGGGUUUUGUUUUGUGCGGCCCCCUUCCCAUUUCUAACCCGUAUAACUGAUUUCACCAGUAGA